AUGGUGAACUUGGUGGUGGGAAACCCCAUUCCGGGGACUAUCUACCUUGUUGACCUCAAUCGCAACCUGCGUAUUCGUCAUGCAGGUGGUGGUGACGGCGACAUCGUCCUUGAUCCUGCCCCAAGUGACGACCCAGAGGAUCCCCUCAAUUGGACUCCUCGUCGCAAGCUUCUUGCGUUGAUCUGUCAAAACCUGUAUACCUGGUUCACGGGCAUGUCCGUUGCCACUGUUUACUCGGUCCUUGUCCCGCUAUCGCAACAGUCCAAGGUCUCAAUCAAGACUCUCAAUGAAGGAACAGGUUACAUGUAUCUUUUGUUGGGCUGGGGUUUGUUGUUUUGGCAACCCUUCUCGUUACGAUAUGGCAAGCGUUUGACCUAUCUCUUGUCUGUCCUUGGAGCCAUAUACUUCACUCAUCAACGUGGAACAUACAUGGGCAUCUACGCCCUCGCCCUAGCCGGCAGCAACUACUUCGCGCCCGUCAUCUGCGGCUUCAUUGCCGAGUAUCAAGGCUGGCAAUGGGUGUUCUACUGGCCUGCCAUCUUCCUCUCAUUUGUCUUCGUGUUUCUCUUCUUCUUCAUGGAAGAAACCAAUUACAAUCGUGCCGCUCGACAUGGCGAUCAUGUACCAUUCGAUCCGUCCCGACUGAUCGUUGAGGACAACGGCAAGGCGGAAGAAAAAGCUGCUGACGCUGGGAAAUCCGAGGUUAGAGAGGCUGAUGAGGCGAACGUUCAGUAUGCCAAACCGAGAACAUUCUUGCAGAAGUUGUCGCUUUGGCAGCCUACUGCAGGCCAGAGUAUGGCUCGUCACGCUGGACGCUCGCUUCAAUACCUCGGUUGGCCUGUCAUCUUUUUCGCUGGCUUCUCGUACGGCUCGUACCUCAUCUGGUUCAACGUCCUCAAUGCGACAGCAUCCAUCAUCCUGUCAGGCCCUGGGUAUGGCUUCAAGCCGUCCAUGGUGGGAUUGAGCUACCUCUCCUGCUGUCUGGGUACCAUUAUCGCAUUCAUUCUCGCGGGACGAUUGAGCGACUGGCUCACUAUCAAACUUGCACGUCGCAACAAUGGUGUCAUGGAAGCUGAGCACCGUUUGUGGCCGCUGGCGAUUUGUGUCAUUGGCGUUCCAGCGUCCUUAAUCCUUUGGGGCGUUGGCGCACAGCACGGCGUUCACUGGUUCGGCCUCAUUUUCGCCAUGUGCACUUUGUCUGUGACGAGUGUCAUGGGACUCAUCAUCAGUAUCAAUUAUCUGAUUGAUAGCUACUAUGAACUCAGCGGUGAUGCGAUGGUUACGAUUAUUUUGAUUCGCAACACGAUGUCUUUUGCCAUUAGUUAUGGCAUCACGCCUUGGAUCACCAACAUGGGCUAUCAAAAUUGCUUCAUCUCAGCUGCUUUUAUCGCUUUGGUCGCUUGUUCCGCUUGCUUCGUCAUGAUCAAGUUUGGUAAAUUGCUUCGACAGCGAAGCGCUCCCCGGUACAAAGAAUUGGUCGAUGACGACAAGAGGGUCGCAGGAAUUGCUACAUGA